AUGUCCGUUUUCAAGCUUCUCCUCGCGCUCACUCUCGUCGGCGUCACUCUUGCGGCUCCUUCAAGACCUGUUGCCCACGAGAAGCGCGACUCCACACCCGUGGGCUUCGCUGCUCUAGGACCUGCCCACUCGGACACAACCCUCAAGCUGCGCUUCGCGCUCGCGCAAGCCGACUCGAGCAGCUUGGUCGACGCCCUUUACGCCGUCAGCGAUCCCGCAAGCCCACAGUAUGGAGAGCAUUUGACCAAGGCGCAGGUUGAAGCCUUCGUCGCGCCAAAGAAUGAGACUACGGAAGCUGUUAACGCGUGGCUGACUGCGAGUGGUCUCGCUGCGACGUCUAUCUCCCCCACUGGCGACUGGGUCAGCGUGGAUAUCCCGGUUAGCAAGGCAAACCAGCUGCUUAACGCCGAUUUCACGGUAUUCACAAACGAAGCGACGGGAAAGCAAGCCGUGCGGACGAUGUCGUACUCUCUCCCGGACGAGUUGCGGGGCCACGUUGAUCUCAUCCACCCCACUGUCGUUUUCCCUAUCGCCAAAACCAUCGACCCUUCCGUCAAGUCAGCGGCACGUCGCCGAACCUUCCACACCCCUGUCCCCCGCCAGUUCACUCCUUCAUGCGAUGACGACAACUUCCCCUCGUGUCUGCAGGCCCUCUACAACAUCCCACUGACGCCUGCCGUGAACAAAGACCUCUUCCUGGGUGUCACCGGUUUCUACGGGAACAGCGCGCACUACGAGUACCUCAAUGAAUUUCUUGUGCAAUUCCGCCCAGACAUGGAUCCCAACACCAACUUCACGUCGGUCGGUAUCGACGGCGGAGAAAACACCCAAACGGGGCCGUCCGCUUCUGAGGGGGAACUCGAUAUCCAGUACACUGUGGGCCUCGCCACCGGGGUUCCUGUCGUGUAUUACUUUAUUGGUUUCGACUACCAGGAUGGUCCUCUGGAGGGCUUCCUCGACGAGGCCAAUUAUUUACUCAGUCUCGAUCAUCCCCCGCAAGUCCUCUCCACCAGCUAUGGGAUGCAAGAGAGCUCCCUUACGCCAGAACUCACCGACAAACUCUGUCAAGUGUAUGCGCAACUCGGCGCGCGCGGAGUCUCUAUCGUGUACGCGUCCGGCGACAGUGGGGUCGGCUGUUCCGACACCGACGCCUUUGCACCCACUUUCCCGUCCAACUGCCCAUACGUGACCUCCGUCGGCGGCACCCAGAACGGCGCCGCGGCACCCGAAGACGCCUGGGUCGGCUCCGGCGGCGGCUUCUCGAACUACUACCCCCGCCCCGCCUACCAAGACGCCGCGGUGUCCGCCUACCUCGCCUCCCCGAACCCGAACGCGGGCCGGUUCAACGCGAGCGGGCGCGGGUUCCCCGACAUCGCGGCGAAGGCGGACUUCUACCUGAUCGAGGCCGCCGGGCUCUUCGCGGUCCAGGGAACCAGCGCGUCCACCCCGGUCGUCGCCAGCGUCGUCGCGCUGCUGAACGACCGGCUGGCGAGCGCGGGGCGGCCGCCGCUCGGGUUCUUGAACCCGUGGCUGUACGGCGAGGCGCGGGGGGCGUUCAGGACGUCGUCGCGGGCAACAGCUCGAUCCAGUGCUCGGACGACUCCGAUCCGGACGGUGCCCCAAGGGUUUGACGCGGUAGUGGGCUGGGAUCCGGUCACUGGGCUGGGUUCUCCAGAUUUCAAUAAGUUGCUUGCCGUGUUGGGCUUGUGA